GCCUUUGAUCGGAUCCGAUCACUCUUGCGACCUGGCAAAGGGGAGAUUGAAGACAACGGCGAGCCCGAGAGUGCUGACACUGUGGUUCCGAUCAAGGAUGACUUUUGGCAAUUGGCGCCGCACCCGUGCGACGUCAUUCUGAGGAGCCAUGCGUUGAAGUUUAUGGUUUGUUUGAGUGAGGAACGAGUUGUCAUUCCUGAUGCGUUGACUUCGGGCCAGAAAGAUUUGAAGCACGCGAAGCAUUAUGUAGCAGCAGCAAAGACCAAUAUGGUCUUGAAAGCGGCAGCUCGCGCAUGGGCUCACGGAGUCCCGUGGGCAGAAGCGUACAAUUUGUGUGACGAAGCCUUGAAAAAGGCUGCAGACCAAAUGAAGUUCAAAGCCAUUCCUAAAGGGAAGGCUAAGGCUAAGGCUUCCGGAAGAAGGCCUGCUCCAUGA